CAUGCUUCCUUUGGUCACUCUCUUCUUCUUCACUUGGAUUUUGAGUUAACCUAUCUAUCAUGCUAAAAUUCUUCACCACCACCGCACUUGUUCCCACCAAGAACAACAUUUUGCUCCUAUUCACAACACCAUCUUCAAAACAUCACUACCCAUCAAUUUUCAAAUUCUUCACCACUUCAACCACCACCAUCGACCCACAAUCUUUCACCGUCUCUUACCUCAUCAACAACAUCGGUUUCACCCCACAAACCGCUUCCAAAGCUUCCCAAUAUCUCUCUUUCUCCAACUCCCAAAAACCCGAUUCAGUUCUCACCUUUUUCACAACCCAUGGUUUCUCUAACUCUCAAAUACGAAGCAUCAUCAAAAGGGAACCCCAGUUACUCUCAUUCAAACCCAACACCAUUUUGUUACCAAAGUUUCAAUUUUUACUCUCCAAAGGUGUUUCUAACUCUGAUCUUGUUCGUAUUGUUAAUUCUAACCCUAGAUUUCUUAGUAGAAGUUUACAGAAUCAUAUCAUUCCUACUUAUGAAUGUGCAAAAGGGUUUCUUCAAUCUGACAAAAAAAUUAUUGCUUGUGUUAAACGUUAUUGUUUUCUUUCUCAAUAUGAUUUGCCUAACAAGGUUAAAUUGUUGCUUGAUAAUGGAGUUUCUCAUUCAAAUAUUGCUAGAUUGUUUCAAUGGUGGCCUAGUAUAUUUGACUCAUCAGAUUUGUUAAACACUGUUGAGGAAUUGAAGCAGCUCGGUUUCGAUUCUAAAACUUCCACUUUUAGUAUAGCGUUUCUUGCUAAGAAAACUGUUACUAAAGCUAAGUGGGAUGAGAAAGUUGAAACCUUUAAGAAAUGGGGUUGGUCUGAUGAACAUAUUCUUCAAGCAUUUAAGAAGCAACCUUUUUGUAUGCUGUCAUCCCUUCGUAAAAUGAAUGCAAUCAUGAAUUUUUGGGUUAAUCACUUAGGUUUCAAUUCUUUGGACCUUGCUAGAUUUCCUGGAAUUUUGCAGUGCAGUCUUGAGAAGAGGAUUGUUCCUAGAGGUUUAGUUGUCCAGUUUCUUAUCUCAAAAGGCCUUCGACGAAAGGAUGCAAGUAUAUAUACACCAUUUGUUGGAUCUGAGAAGUUGUUUGUGGAAAAGUUUGUGAACCGUUUUGUGGAGCAUUCUUCUGAUCUGUUAAAGCUUUACGAGGGAAAAAUGAAUCUUGCAGAUAGCAGGAACGGCCUUCAGAUGGUUGAUCAAAUUUUGGUUUGAUGUAACUGACUUGUGAUGAUGUCUGUGUCAAUAGUUUGAUUAAUGAUCAUGCUAGUUAGUUUUCAGCAAAUAUUAUUCCUUAUGAAUUAUGAACUUUCCUUUUCCCACAGAAUUUUGACAUAUGUUUUAAGAACAGUAGCUUAGGUAAACUCUCCUCACAUUGUUGAUCUAGCUUCUUCAACUAAAAUUUUGUGAAAUGUUUGAAUGUGAAAAAAUUGAAUCUUACUAUUGCAAAUAACAGGGACGUGUCAUGUGUGAUUUUGGCCAAUUAUGUAUCAAAUUUUGUUGACUCAACAUUCUUAGCAUGUUUUCUCAUUAUUUUGAAAUGCUAGUCUUGUCUACAUCAGGACACUUCAAAUGGUCUUGUUUGUGGUCACAUAUCAGUUUUGUAAGGAGGAUUUUUUUCACAUCCCUAUUCUGUUUAAUACUUUAAUUUGAUAAUCCGUUGAGUAAAUUAUGCUUUCCUAGGAAAGACACUAACACCCUGCUAGGAGACCAACCUUGUGAACUGCGCCAUUAACAUCACAUUCAUCCCAACCCUCCCGAUGGAAAUGCUGCCACACUGGGUUGUAAGCAUGAAAUAAGAGAAGCAUUGUGGGUUGCCUCCACAGCCCUGUUGUGUCUGGAGUCAAGCCUGCUUGAGAGCAUGACUCACCUGAAGUUGCAUUGUUCUUAAACAAGGUUUUGUUAAGGUGAAUUUAUAAAAUAUUAAGAUCUAUGGUAUGCUUUUUUUUUAGUAAACGUUGUCGAAACUUUGUUGAAAUCAAUUUGUUUCAGUAGUUGUUUCUCAAAGAUCUUGUAAGAAUCUUUUUACAUGACUGCUGUUGUGCACAACAUUGAGUACUUAAAGACACUGUCCCCGGAAGGUAGACUAUCAUUGAACUUAAGUGUGACUUUGUUAAUGUUCUGUUUACACCGUACGUUUUCCGUUGGAAGCAUUAAAUGGAAAUUUUAUUUUUCAGUAACUCUUGGACAACUUUAACUCUGCCUCUCCUGUCUUCAAUUUGUUAUUCCUUUGGCAUUUCUUAUCCAUCUAUUUGAGGAAAUGAUUUUGAUCUUCGUUCGCCAUUGGUGUUGAGUUGCCAAGUGCUUUUUCAAUUUGUUAUAAUGGUUAUGUGCCCGUCUUCUUUCUGAAUCAACACUUGUUUUCUUAUAACAAUCUUAAUGGUGGCUCAUCUUUUCCUUUCACCUAGUACCAUUCUUUCAAUUUCCCUCAUAUAUUUUUUCAUGGAAUGAUUACUCCUUUUCUCUUGUGGAUGAUAAUUAGGUACACAGACAUGGAUUAAAUAGUUAAAGUGCUAAUUUCCUUUCUAACCUUUUGCUCAAUUUUAUCAUUUACACUCUUAAGUACUUAGGGCUGCAAGUUAGGGAGGAACAUUCAUAUCUUGCAAUAUUGAUCGAUCUCAAUUGCUUUUGAAAUUGGGAGAUUAUUCUUUUGUUGAUAAUACAAACAUUUGAUAUAAUUUUUGUCUCAUUGAUUAUCUCUUAGAAACAUUUUCUGUGUAUUGAUUAUUUUACUGAUUGUUAGUGUCAACUUUAAUGUGGUUAAUAUGGCCAAAUUGUGGUUAGUUUUAUAGGAUGGUGUUAUAACUAUAUAUACAGUGCAAUUUUACGGUGAUACAACAAUGUUAAUGUUUGAGAUUAUGAUCUGUGGAGAAUAAUCCCACGAUAUGCAGUUGUAUGUACUAUGUAGUGGUCUACUUCCCAAGAUUUGCAGUAGUAUAGCUUUUCUAGAAAUGAAAUCUCAUUGCAUGUAAGAAGUAACUACUAACUAUGACACACACCGGCUUGUAGGACAUGCACACAUUAACCAGGAGACAAAAUAGUCAUUAACAAUCAAGUUUGUGUGAUGUCCAACCUUGUCUUCUAGGAUAUGCACACACUAUUGCUUUUGUGAAACAGUGAAAGUAUAUGAAUGUAGGAAAUAUGGCUUAAGGAGACAUGUGCAAAGGGUUACCGGAUUUUAUUGUUUAUGUUCUGUUAGCGUCAUCCUCUGACAAUUGUUCUUAUGCUGCUUCUGUUGACAUUCUGUUAGCUUCUUUACAAAACUUUCCAUAAGUUUGAAUUUUUACCUCCAAAGGUGCUUCUACCUCUACUUCUGAUAUCAUGCACACUGUGGCUAGGCAUCCAAAUUCCUAACUUCAAGCUCGGAGAGUCGUAUAAAUAUCCAUAUGAAUUGAUAAAAAAAGGUAUGAUUUUAAUCCGAUCGCAAUAGUUAGGACCAUUGACCCUUUAGUCACUUGUCUAGUUUUACUUGCACUCUUGUUUGGUACAAAAUGAAAACAUGUUGUGUUUCCCACUCUAUCAUUAUUAGAAUGUUUUCCAAAUAGCCUACUGUGUUCUGCUCUUUUAACUUGGGAAUGCUAUGGAUGAAGUAAAAUAAACUGUCAUUGAUCCUUUUGAAAUCAAUGUUAAGUGCAGCAUUGCAUGCUAGCCAGAAGGAUUGCAACUAGUUCAAUGGUCUCGUUUCAUUUGCUAAUUUGGAACUUAUUUUGAUUGUUGUAUUGUACAGAUUCAUCUUUCAGUACUUGAAAUUUCUAAAAUCUUUGCUGUUUUUAA